AUGCUCGGAAUGCAAUGCUGUUAUUGCCUGCAACUGGUGACCGAAGUGUUGGCCGCACAUUUUACUGGAAGCGACCUCACCAAAGCCGAAAUAAUGUAUAGGACAGUGGACAAAAUCACUCGAGAGCUAGUUCACUACUCAUUCUUCAAGUACAGUGAAAAUCAUUCUGCUAUACCAUCAUGGGUAGUCUUGCAGAUAAUCAAAAAAAAAACAAUAAUGACUAGCAGCCUCGAAGAAAAUGCAGCCCUGAAAAACAUUGCUCUUGACAGGUUUGAAACUUCUAGGGAGCAUUGUUUAUGCUCUCUCAGAAGUGAAGAACUGCCAAAUAGCAUGGAAGAUCUUAUUAACAAGUAA